ACUCUUUUUUCACCAAUUUGCUCUCUAAUCUACGAAGAAUACAGAAAAACAGAGAAACAGAAUCUCUAUCUGGUGAAUUUGGAAGUACACGUUGUAUUUGCAUGCACUUAAUAUAACGUUUUUCCUUUCUCCUUGUUACACUGGAUUUAAGCCCCACGGUUGCUGAACAAUAUUUGGUAUUCUGUUUAUAGCAGAUUGCACAAGAUUUUCUCUCUCUCUCUCUCUCUAUCUCACUCUUCCAUUUCUACUAUGAACUUUGGUAAUUUUCCACAUUGCUAGAUUGGUUGCUCUUGUUCAAUUGCUUUCAUAAUAUUAAACCACAACUUUCAGCCAUGAGAGUGAAGUCCUAUCCAAUGAACUUCUGCUCAACAAUAAUUUGGCGGCCAAUUUGUUUUCUGGUCAUUCUAGGAUUUUCUGGAUUCAUGAUAUCAAGGUUGUGUGUCAUGAUCAAACUAACUGAAGAAAGUAUAACAGCAGAAUCACUUGAAUCACGCAACAACUCGUCUUUAAGAAUUGAAACAGCAGCUAAAUUGCUAGUUCCUUUAAAUUCAUCAACAAUGAAUUUUGCAAGAGCUCUAAGUUUAUCACUAAAUGGAACUGAAAUAUCAUAUGGUGUCAUCCAAGCAAAGGUUGCACCAACAUUAUUUAUAGCACUUUCAACAAUUCCAUAUAUAUCACAUGCUUCUUAUAUUGGACUAGAUGGCUUACUGUUCUCACUUUACAAAGAUGAGGAUCAAAUGCUAGCAGUAUUUUCCAACACUUCAUCUCCUUUAAACUGGUAUGCUCAGCCAGUGGACCGGGACAAUGGGAAGUUAUAUGGACAAGCAAAAACUGCAGACCCUAUGGCCACUACAAAUUCAAGUUGGAUUCAACAGGCCUUAAAUAGUACAAGUGGCUAUUCUUGGUUAGGAAAAGCAUGGAGCAAAUCUCAAGAUAGCGUAUUUCUUAGUGCUGUGGCUGUGGAUGGUAGAGGUGUGGUUUCCUUUGGUUUGCCUGCAAAAGUGGUUAUCGACCAUUUUUCAGCUUUGGACUUUCAUGGUGGUAAUUUUCACUUGGCUACAAAAGAUGGGAAAGUGAUUAUACAAGCAAGCCUACCAAAUGCACAGAUAAUGGUAAGCAAUAAUACAGUUUUGGUGCAAAUGGUGAAUUCAAAUGGAGACCCUACAGAUCAAGUAGCUAACUUCUCGUGUGAGUCUGAUGAUGGUGGGUCAAAACAUUUUGAUGGGAAAGUUUCAGGAAUGAAAUACACAUUUUAUUGCUCUACGCUUGAGAUUGCUGGAGUUGAAACGGUAUAUGUCUUGGCUUAUCCCACCAACAGAUUAGUGAGCCUUGUCCAUCAGAACAGCAAGCUUUCGUUCACACUUCUUUUGCUUCUGUUUGUUUUUAUGGUUAUCUCGCUGUCCAUCUUCUUGUUCUUGAUAGUUAGAGCUGCGAAACGAGAAAUGUUCUUAUGUGCUGCCCUCAUUAAACAAAUGGAAUCGACUCAACAAGCAGAACGCAAGAGUAUGAACAAAAGCCAUGCCUUUGCUAGAGCAAGCCAUGAUGUACGUGCUUCUUUGGCGGCUAUCACUGGUUUGAUAGAGCUUUCUAAUCAAGAUGUCAGUCAUGACUCAGUUUUAGCAACAAACUUAGCACAGAUGAAUGAUUGCACAAAAGAUCUCCUUGGCUUAUUGAAUUCAGUUCUGGAUACAAGUAAAAUUGAAGCUGGAAAGAUGCAGCUCCAAGAAGGAGAAUUCAACUUGGCUCAACUCCUCGAGGAUGUAGUGGAUAUGUUCUAUCCCAUGGCUAUAAAGAAAGGCAUUGACAUUGUACUUGAUCCUUGUGAUGGCUCAAUAGCUAAAUCUUGUCAUGUUAGAGGUGACCGUGGAAAGCUUAAACAGAUCCUGUGCAACUUGCUUAGUAAUGCUGUUAAGUAUACAACUGAAGGGCACAUCACAGUUCGUGCCAUGGUCCAGGAAACAAGUUUUGAAAAUGCCAUAAUUGCUUCUAAUAGUCAUCUUUUAUUGGAGUACUUGUCACGGUUGUGUUACAAGAACAAAAAAGGUUUAAAUGAUUUGGUUGCCUUUCAUACAGCUCAACAAGAACCCAAUCUCACAGAAUUUGUCAUUGAGGUGGAUGAUACUGGCUUGGGAAUUCCUAAAGACAAGCAAAAAUCUGUUUUUGAAUACUACAAUCAGGUUACAGAAACAGCUUCUGGUCAAGAAGGAUCUGGUUUGGGCCUUGGUAUUGUUCAAUCUUUGGUGCGUCUAAUGGGUGGAGAUAUAAGAAUUGUUGACAAAGAGCCUGGUGAAAGAGGCACCUGCUUCAACCUCAAUAUCAAGCUUCCUACAUAUAAACCGGAGUCAGCAGACACUGAAGGAGAAUUUCCUAGAGUGCACAGUGAUCGCCAUUCAAACGGAUUUCAAUCUUUUGCAUCACUUCGGUCCCCUUCACCUAAACCAGAAGGAUCUCAUGUGGUACUUCUUAUACAAGGCGAUCAACGGAGGAAAAUCUUGAUGAAUUACAUAGAAAGCUUAAACAUAAAAGUGUCAUAUGUAAAGCAAGGGAAAAAUCUAUUAUCACAUCUGGAGAAAAUAAAGCACAGGUUGGACCUUUCCUAUUUCAGUUUUUCAGAGAAAACCCAGAUGGGUUUACUUGAUUAUAUGGGCAAAUCUGCAUCUUUCAGUUCUGAUUCAGGACCAAUUGAUGGGCCCUCAUGCAUCAAGGAUGGAAGUGACCAUGUUCCACUGCCUUACAGAAAGACCAACUCCAAAAGUUCACCAGGCAUCAUACUGAUUGUGAUUGAUGCGAGUGCUGGUACUUUCUCUGAACUACGUUCAGCUGUGUUUAACUUCAGGAAGGACAUUCAAAAUUCACGGUGCAAGGUUGUAUGGUUAUAUCAUCCAACUGUGCAUGGAACUCAUUCAAGAGACCCUCCAUGUGAUCAUAUUGUAUAUGAACCAUUUCACGGGUCACGCUUAUAUCAAGUACUAGGACUGAUACCUGAACUAAGAAAAUGCAACUUACCAAGGUUGAUAGACCAUAAUUCCUCAAAUGAACUUGACUGUGAAGAUAUGCAGUUGGGGAUGCCUUCUUCUCAUCACAGAUCACUGAAGCAAAUAGUGAUCCAUAAACCUGAUGAGAAAAGCAGUGAUAUACCUUUGAAUGGAAAGAAAACUCUGGUUGUUGAAGAUAAUGCAGUGUUACGCAUGGUGACUAUAAAAAAACUUUGUAGUCUUGGUGCAGAGGUAGAGGUAUGUGUGAAUGGAAAAGAGGCCUUUGAUCACAUCUGCAAAGUCUUAACUGAUCAUAGAAAGGGAGGACACUCCAAUUCUCUCCCUUAUGACUAUAUUUUCAUGGAUUGUGAGAUGCCAGUAAUGAAUGGAUUGGAAGCUACAAAACUGAUAAGGGUGGAGGAACAACACUAUGGCAUCCAUCUACCUAUUGUUGCUUUGACAGCCUAUGGAGAGUCAGAACAAAUAAGCAAGAUGCUUGAUGCAGGGGUGGAUAUCCAUUUAAUUAAGCCAUUAAAAGAGGACAAGUUGUUGGAAGCAAUCAGAUUUAUCAACAAUAAACAAUAAACGUUUAAACUAUUCUUGACAUUAGUUAUUCUUUUGGAUCAGAUCAUAGUCACUAGCCAUCAUUUUUUGUUCAAUUUGUAAAAAUAAAAGUGUUUGGGUUCCAUAUUUCUUCGAAUAAAAGUAUAUGUCUAGUUUUUUU